AUGGAGACCGCCAAGCAAGCCGUUAACUACGUCGCUGAGACCAUACAGGGGACUGGAGCCGAGGCUUCCAAGGAGGCCAACAAGAGCGUCGCUAAGAACAGUGAUGCUGACAUCUCUACCCGCGCCAGCGCUGCCAAGGAUGCUUUUUCCGACAAGAAGGACGAGUUCACCCACAACACCAAGGCCGAUGUCCACAAGGAGGCUGCCAAGAACUAA